AUGUUCCGACGGAGGGAAAGCUCGGCAAAACCCGGGGACGACCUGCUGGCCAACUUCCGACAGCAGUUCCCCGAGGUAGCAGCUGUGAGCACCUCAACCACGGCCCCCGCGAUAUCUCAAACUACUGCGGCCGAGAAUCCCUUAGUCCAGGCGCCACCGCAACCUGAGAGGGCCCAGGGCAUUGCGCAAGAUGUCUUCCGUGACCAAGACCCGACUCCUCGGGUCACGAAUGGGCAGUGGAGGUUUACACCCUUUGCCAACUUCGCCAAUGCGCCUCCUGGCUAUUACACGCCCACCCCAGGCGGUGCCUACACUUUGUCCCACCCUCAGGCUGGCGACCUCCAUACCCCCACGUUUGGCCUGGGAAUGGGAUUUGGAACUUCGUUGUCGAUGCCAACUUCGGGAGAUGGGAUGCAACCCGGCCCAGGAACUGGAGUCAUGGACAUGACCGGAUUCCAGACAUUGCAACCUCGUCAGUUCCACCACUUCACUCCAUUCAUCCAAGCGCCCCCUCCUCAGCCGGCUUUUGCACCAUCUACUUUUGUUCAUCAAGACCCCGCUCAUGAGACCAUGGACCAAGACAUCUCUCAGAUGGAGACGGAAGCUCUAGAAGAGCCCAUGACAUCGAUCGAUUCCGCCGUUCAGAAUCCACUGCCGGCGGUUGGACUCCCAACACGCCAGUUUCCUAGCACCCAAAUACCUCACCCACUACCUGCAUCUGCAGAAAAGUUCCGAUUUCAUGCAACUCUCGAUGCCCCAACUGCCAUAAUCAAGCAUGCCAAUGAAAUCCCCAUCACCUAUCUCAACAAGGGACAAGCCUACACAUUGUCUAUCACCGAUACUAAUACAACGUUGCCUAUAGUUCCUGGCACCAAGUACCGUACCUUUGUACGGAUUUCGUUUGAGGACGCCGAGCAGAGACAACGGCCAGGUAUCUAUUGGGGCCUCUGGAAGGAAGGCAGAGGGGCCAACGAAGCGCAUCAAAGAGGCAGGAAGCUCCAGGCAGUCGAGUAUGUUGAGGCCGGACAACCCGCCGAAGGAGACGACGAGAAAACUCUUGUAGAGCUCGAGUCAUCUUCAUUUGACGGCUUCUCUAUCACAUGGAUGCCCAGGACUAAUGGAGCCGCCGAAUUCAGCAUCGCAGUGCGGUUCAACUUUCUAUCCACCGACUUCAGUUAUUGCAAAGGCGUCAAGGGCAUUCCUGUGAGAUUUUGCGCUAAAACUAACCCAGUCCGGUUCGAUCCCUUUCUACCUGUUGCUGAUGUCAAUCCUGAGAUAUGCUUCUGCAUGGUCAAGCUCUUCCAAGACCAUGGAGCCGAACGGAAGCUCACCAACGAUGUUUCCCAUGUUAAGAAAUCCAUCGAUAAGCUCAAACAACAGAUUGCGCAAGCUGAGAGCGGGAUGAAAGACUUCGGCAAGCGGAAGCGUUCAAGCGCCUCCUCAAAGACAGCAGAUAUGCAGCGACCUGGAAAAGUCACAAAGCACAAGUGGACAUGGUCAAUGUCCUCAACUAGCUCCGCUGACAGUGGUGGAGGGCGCAUGUCUUCGGAGGAAGACCUUCACUUCAAGCUUCAGACUCUUCAAGACAUGUUCACAAGCACCCGGCCUGUCAGUGUUCUAUUCCUUCAUGGCGACGAGCUAGAUGAUCCCGAUCUAUAUCCUGUCUCACUUCCCAGAGAUGCCUCACCACUUGCCAAUACCGAAGGACGAGAUGGUCUGAACUGGCAGGCCAGGAGCGGUCACAGCUCAAUAACGGGUUCCAUGAUUUCUCCAUCGCCGAUUUCGCUAUCUCUAGCGUCACAAACCUCUGCCCUUAGUCCUAGCAGUCAAUGGCAGAACUUUGACUUCGUCGCCACAGGUGAUAUGUCGCGCAAAGGCUCGGAUCAGCCAAUGAAAGUCGACAGGGCGGACAAUGACGGGAAUCUCAGUGGGUGGAUUGAGACUCUUGGUGUAGACCUUUCAUAUCGACCCCUCCCAGAGCAAGGUCCCACGCCUGUGGCCUGCUUUUACGUUGUCCGCCGUAGCCAGCAAGAACCCGACCAGAAAGAGUACCAUAGGGCAAUCUAUUUGAUGCAGCGAACGCUGAAGGAGUUGACCCAUCGGAUCGCAGCUAAGUGGGAUAUUGACACAUCUCAGGUCACCCGUACGAUCCAUAUAACUCAGAACGGGUUGGAGGUGGAAAUGGACGACGAUGUUGUUCGAGAACUAAAGGAAGGCCAAGACAUGGUCCUGGAGAUUGAGGAAACCGAGCAGUCUUCAGGGGUGAAAAGAGAGUGGGAGAUGGCCGUCGACUUAGUUGAUGGCUCUCCCGAUACGGAAGGCUCUGACAAGGUAGCGGGCGGAUUUGUCCUGCGUCUCACUUUCUAA